AUGGUUAGACUGGCGUUAUUGCUUGUUCUGCUCUCUUCCAUGGUGUUUGAAGUAGAUAUGAUGAAGUGCCCUGAGAAUGAUCCUGUCCCUGUUCCACAUGAAUGGCAUCGGUCAGGGGACCUCCUUGUUGGUGGGAUUGUGUCUCAGGUUUCUUAUGACCUUCAUAUGCUUGCUUUCCAAAGACAGCCUUCAAAGGCCUUAUUUGAGGUUCCACAAAUGGUGACAAAGUUCUAUCAGCACAUCCUAGCCUUGGCUUUUGCUGUAAAUGAGAUCAAUGAGAAUUCCCUCAUCUUGCCCAAUGCCACCCUCGGUUUCCACAUCUGCGAUAGCUAUUACAACGCAAGGAUGACUUAUCAUACCACCCUGGAGUUGCUGUUCAAGUCACAGAGAUUUGUCCCUAACUACAUCUGUGAUUCCCAGAAAACUUUAACAGCCGUCAUUGGGGGACUUUCCGCUGAUACCUCCUUCCAUAUGGCAGACAUCUUAGGUCUGUACAAAAUCCUACAGUUUAAUUUAAGGUUUAACAGCCUUUGGCCAUAUGCAAUAAAUUUUAUAACUACUACACUGUACAAGCUCACAUAUGGCUCCUUUGCCUCUGAGGAAAGAGACACAUCAAAGGUCCCUCUCUUUUUCCAUAUGGUCCCAAAGGAGGCCUAUCAGAAUAUGGGGAUUAUCCAUUUGCUUCUCCAUUUCCAAUGGAUAUGGGUUGGACUUUUUGCUGCAGAUGAUGAUAGUGGAGAACAUUUCCUGAAGACUUUGGAGCCAUUGUUUUCCCAAAAUGGGAUCUGUUCAGCCUUCACAGAAAGAAUCCCAAACCAAUCCAAAUGGGAUACCUUUGGUGAUAUUUAUAAAAUGAUCUCUGAUAUAUCUCGACCUUUGACAGACAGCAAAGCCAAUACUUUGAUUCUCUACGGUGGAUCUAAAACCAUGGUAACGUUGAAUGCUUUGAUUUUUUUUGGAACUGUUGGAUAUAAAGAAAAUAUACCAUUGAGAAAAGUGUGGAUUAUGACAGCCCAAGUUGAUUUUACAUUAUCAGGCUUUCAAACAAGCUUAAAUUUUGACUUCUUUCAAGGUGCCCUUUCCUUCACAAUCCAUUCUCAUGAAGUUCUUGGGUUCCAGACAUUUUCUCACAUCAUAAAACCUGAUUGGCGACAAGGAAAUGGCUUUCUCAAGGAUUUCUGGGAGCAAGUGUUUGACUGUUCAUUUCCCAGUUCCCAGGAUCCAAAGAAAGAUACUGGGAUCUGUACCGGGGAAGAGAGGCUGGAUAGCCUCCUUGGGCCUGUUUUUGAAAUGGACAUGACUGGCCACAGCUACAGCAUCUAUAAUGCAGUCCAUGCAGUGGCACAUGCUUUGCACAUCAUGUUCACAUUUAGAGCUAAUCAUAGAAUGAUUCUCCAUCAAUAUCUUCAAGACAUUUCAUUUAACAACUCUGUUGGAGAAACAAUAUUCUUUAAUAAGAACAGGAAAACGGGAGCUAUGUUUGAUAUAACAAAUCUCAUCACGUUCCCAAAUAAAUCCAUCCACAGGAGGAAAGUUGGAAGGGUGGAUGCUGAUGCCGUCGAUGGAAGAGAAUUCAUCAUUCAUCAAGAUAUGAUCGACUGGCAUAGAAGUUUCAACCAGGUGGUGCCUGUUUCAGUGUGCAAUGGCCACUGCACCCCUGGUUAUCAGAAGAAAAAGAAGGAAGGGGAGAAAUUCUGUUGCUAUGAUUGUGCUCCAUGCCCAGAAGGGAAGAUUUCAAACCAGAAGGACACAGUGGAAUGUAUCAAAUGCCCAGAAGAUCAAUAUCCAAGCAAGAACCAAGAGAGAUGCAUCCGUAAAGUUAUCAGCUUCCUGUCUUUUGCUGAACCUUUAGGGAUCAGUUUAGCCUCAGUGGCUAUUUCUUGUUCCUUGGUCACAGCCUUAGUGUUAGGAACUUUUAUUAAACACAAAAAUACUCCCAUAGUCAAAGCCAACAACCAGGAUGUCUCCUACAUUCUUCUCAUCUCUCUCCUGCUGUGUUUCCUCUGUUCUUUGCUCUUUAUUGGUCGACCGCAAAAGGCAACUUGCUUCCUCCGACAGUCUGCUUUUGGCAUCAUCUUCUCUAUGGCCGUUUCCUGUAUAUUGGCCAAAACCACUACUGUAGUUGUAGUUUUCAUGGCCACCAAACCAGGGUCCAGUAUGAGUAAGUGGGUGGGGAAAAGACUGACCAACUCGAUUGUUGCUUCUGGCACUAUUAUUCAAGGAGUCAUCUGUGUGAUAUGGUUAGGAACCUCACCACCAUUCCCAUAUUUGGACAUCCAAUCAAUAAAUGUCAAUAUAGUGGCCGAAUGCAAUGAAGGGUCUCACAAUAUGUUUUAUGUUGUCCUUGGCUACAUGGGACUUUUGUCCACUAUCUGCCUGAUUUUGGCUUUCCUAGCCAGAAACUUGCCCAACGAUUUUAAUGAAGCCAAGUUUAUCACUUUCAGUAUGUUGAUUUUUUGUAGUGUUUGGGUGUCCUUUGUUCCGACCUACCUGAGCACCAAAGGGAAAUACAUGGUAGCUGUAGAGAUCUUCUCUAUCUUAGCUUCCAGUGCUGGGUUACUGGUUUGUAUCUUUUUUACCAAAUGCUACAUUAUUUUGUUAAGGCCUGAUAAAAAUUCAAUUAAAGUUAAAGUUAAAGUGUGUACACACACACAUCUAUACUUUAUGCUUCUCCUUCCUCUACCUUAUCCAAUGUGCUCUACUGAUAUAUCCAAGCCAACAAAACUAACAUGUGACAUAUUCAUAUGA